CUGGACUGGACAGGUGUUGUUGUGGUGGUGAUGGUGUUCAGACACAGUACAGUGUAGCGGCCUUAACUGCGCCACCACACGCCACCACAGUGUUCCUCAACACAGUCUUGCUGUGCUGUGAGACCUUCACUUAUAUUAAGUCACUGACUACACAAUGUUCAUGGUAGAGAGACUGCUGAAGUUAUCUGGCAGUAAAUAUGGUCUUUGUAGACUCUUUAUUACACCAGAAACAACUUCCUGGACGUCAAAAUGCCGGCAUAUCAGCACCUCGCAUAUUUCAGACGCUACACGCAAUCGAGUAUCCUCUAAAGGUCAGCUUCAUCAGCCACAGAAGCCAUUGCAGCAGCUUGUGAUGGCAGAUGCACACUACAUUCAGAAACAAAAAAAGGAGAUUCUACAAUUAUUUCCCAAUGUCAAGUCAACUGUGAAGAACAUGUUUCAAAAUUUAUCAAGCAACCUUAACUCAAAAUACAGGUAAAGUAGUGUGGUUGGGGAUU